AUGGGCUUGGCGGGGGUGAGGCUGGGCCUGCUGCUGGGCGGGGAAGCGGCGCCGGUUUCCCCGUACAUGGAUGGGAGGCGUGCGUACAAGCACACGGACCGGGAGGCAUCCCUUCAUUCUGGAAAGGAUCGGAGAUACCUCUCUCCGGGGAGAAGUAGGUUCAUUCGGAAACGAGGCUGGAAAGAGAAUCGCCUGUUCCUGCGUUCCCAGGGGUCUCCAGGGGAGGAGCCAUGUGGCAGUGGGGGGCAGCUUUCUGCUGGUGGGAGGAGGGUCCUCCGAAACACCACAGGGCAAGGACCUCUUCUGGAGCGUCGCUGCAGGAGACCCCCUGCAAUGGGCCCAUCCCGGGCUCGGCUCUUCCCUGGAUCUUUUCAGGAGUCACUCCAAAGGUCGGGGAAGGAUAUUCAUAGGAUUAAAUUAGAAGGGGCUGUGGCAGGUAGUCCUGGGGGCCUUUUCCAGGGUGGUGCCUACCGCUGUGCCCGAUGUGGGAGGCACUUCCCUGUAUGGGCAGCCUUGCGGCAUCACACUCGUCGCCGCCAUGGCCGCCCUCCUCUGCCCUGCCCUGAGUGUGGGCGCCGAUUUCACCAUGCUCCUUUCUUGGCCUUACAUCGACUGGCCCAUUCAGCUGCCACAGCUCUAUCUCCUGACACAAGCUUUUUUUGCCAAGUCUGUAGGCAGAGUUUUAAGAGUUGGGCAGCCCUUGCAAUGCAUGGCCAGGUUCAUGCCUCAUCUGCCCGAGCAGUUGCUUGCCCCAAGUGUGAGAAGCGCUUUAGCCGAGCCUCCCAGCUACGGGCACACCUCAGAAAGAACCACCCACCUGCCCCACCACCUCGACGUUUCAUCUGCAGUGGCUGUGGUCAGAGUUUUGCACAGUGGGCUGAGCUGGUAGCCCACAAGCAGAUCCAUGUAGCUGAAGCACAGGCAUCAGAAAAAGCCCUUGCACCUCGACCCCGGGGCCGCCCAGCACUUACAGCUGCCCAGCCAGGUGGUGAUGCUGCUGACCGACCCUUCCAGUGUGCCUGGUGUGGCAAAUGUUUCCGUCAUAAGCCCAACCUGAUUGCUCACCGCCGAGUGCAUACAGGUGAGAGACCCCAUCAGUGUCCUGAGUGUGGGAAACGUUUCACUAAUAAGCCCUACCUGACCUCUCACCGGCGUAUCCAUACUGGUGAGAAGCCUUAUCCGUGCACUGAAUGUGGGCGUCGUUUCCGGCACAAACCCAAUCUUUUAUCUCAUGGCAAGAUUCACCGGCGCCCUCAGGGUUCUGUGGAGGCCACCAGUAGUCAUGGGAGUUUCCAGGUUCCAUCUCAGCUGCUGGAGUCUCAGCAAGACCAAACCACAGACUUACAACAGGACCAGGCUAUAGAUUCUCAGCAGGACCAGGCCAUGAACCUUCAGCAAGACCAACCCCUGGACUCCCAGCAGGAUCAGGCCAUGAACCCUCAGCAAGAUCAGGCCCUGGACUCACAGCAAGACCAAGUCUUAGAUCCCCAACAGGACCAGGGAAUGAACCUUCAGCAAGACCGAGAAAUGGAUUCUGCUACAUCCUAUGGCUAUGAUGAUUGUGGCCGAACUUUCCGGCACAGAAGGUCUCUUCGAGCUCAGCAGCAACUACAUCCUGGGGAGCGUCCUUUCAUCUGCAGUGAGUGUGGAAAGAACUUCAGUAAGAAGACCCAUUUGGUGGCCCACAUCCGUAUCCACUCAGGUGAGCGGCCCUAUGCCUGCAUGGAAUGUGGACGCCGCUUUUCACAAGGAAGCCACCUGGCAGCCCACCGUCGUGACCAUGCCCCAGAGCGACCCUUCAUUUGCCCUGACUGUGGCAAGUCCUUUAGGCACAAGCCCUAUCUGGCUGCCCACCGUCGAAUCCACACAGGCGAGAGGCCCUAUGCCUGUCCUGAUUGUGGCAAGGCCUUCAGUCAGAAAUCCAACCUUGUGUCCCACCGGCGCAUCCACACAGGUGAACGACCUUAUGCUUGCCCUGAUUGUGACAGGCGGUUCAGUCAGAAAUCAAACCUCAUCACACACCGCAGGAGCCAUAGUCGAGAGGGGCCAUUCAUUUGUGCCACCUGUGGUGAAAGUUUUAGUCAUGAGCAAAAGCUCCUGACCCAUCAGAAGAAGCAUGUGGCCUGAGCUUGUGGGAGUGGGAGAGCAGAGAGGGGAGACAAACUCUAGAGGUAGGCAAAGAUAAGGGAUAGAGUUAUCACAAUGGAGAAGGGAUUUAGCAUAUUAGUGAUGGUGGAGUAAGGGAUAGAAAAAGCUCACAGUGGAAGCUGGUCAGGACCUUGGAGAGAGGACUGGGUGUCCUUGUCUUAAGAGGCCUGUUAGAAGUUUCCAGGAGGAUAUACCUCAAACUUCUCACCUCACUGGAAGUUCUGCUUCUCUUCUUGCCCCGUGGAGAAGAAAUGUUUGAAAAGAACCUACAUAAACAUUUGGAGAGAAUGAGGAAAACAUCUGGCUAUAUAUGCAAAGACCUCUAACAUGUUAGCAUCUGGAUUUAUUCAAGCAUUUCCAAGGAAGGAAAUGUCCUAAUAGUCUCAGUUCUUGGCAACACCUGAUUUCUUCCAUCCCUUUCCCUUCAUUCUCCUCACUCCACCCUCCAUCCCAAACCCCAAACUACUACUUUCCAUUACAAGCAUGUAGCCUUCUGUCUACCCACAACCAUUUUUUAGGUUUAUAUUGUCUCAACACAGAGAGCUUUUUCUAUCUUCCCUCUCUAUUUUCAUUUCCCAUGUUGAGACUUUGUCUAAAUCCCUGAAAUAGCCUUUUUCCUUUAGUUCUUCUAGCUCUCAUUACUAUACUGGAGAAGAGGGGAGGCACUUGCUUUCUGAUAAUUAAUCAAAGUUAGGCAAGUGGAAAGACCCUGAAGAAUAGGCAUGGGAGAGAUCUUAAGAGUCUUAUUGGAACAGACCUUAGAGUUCAUCUAGUUCUCACUUAAUGCAGGAAUCUCUUGCUUCAUUUCUUAACAAACCAGCCUCUGCUUGGAUACUUUCAGUGAUGGGGAUUGAGAAACCUUUGAAGUUAGUUUGUUUUGCUAAUGAAAAUCUAGUUGUUAGAAAUUUCUUUCUUAUAUUAUGUGAAAGUAUGCUUUCCUGUACACUCUACCCAUUGGUUCUAGUUUUCUCUCUUGGAGCCAAGCAAUAUGGAGUAGGCCUAUUUCCCUCAAAUUCCAGUAAAUAAACUGAUUUCCAGCUAUGGCUGAAAUGUGUUCUCUCCCCAUGCUGAGUUGCAAAGGUGUGAGGGCUAAGAUGGCUGUUUUCUAUGAGAAAUAUGGGUAGAGGUAGAAACCCAGACAAUAAAAUAAGCAUCAGUGGGUCUACAGUGAGGGUGAAGGAGAAUGGGCUAUCAAGUCAAGACCCCGAUUGAGUGAU